AUGGCUGAGUAUGAAGCAUAUAUUCUUGGCAUUAGAAUGGCUCUUAACAUGAAUGUUCAAGAAUUAAUGAUAAUUGGUAAUUCAGACUUGUUGAUUCAUCAAGUUCAAGGGGAAUGGGCGGUGAAGAGUCCUAAAAUCUUACCAUAUGUACAAUUGGUUCUUUAUAAGAGGACACCCGAUCUGGGAUUACUGAGAUGCGUGUAUGCUGCAGAAGCCACAAAAUUGUUUGAAGAAGUGCACGCUGGAGUGUGUGGGACGCACAUGAAUGGGAUUACAUUAGCAAAGAAAAUCUUAAGGGCGGGAUACUUCUGGAUGACUAUGGAAAAUGAUUGUGGCCGAUUUGUCCAAAAAUGCCAUAAAUACCAGGUGCACGGAGAUCUGAUCAAAGUACCACCCCACGAGCUCAAUGCGAUGAGUUCCCCUUGGCCAUUUGCAGCCUGGGGCAUGGAUGUUAUUGGACCGAUUGAGCCUGCUGCCUCCAAUGGUCAUAGGUUCAUUUUGGUCGCCAUUGAUUACUUCACCAAGUGGGUCGAAGCUGCUUCCUACAAAGUUGUGACAAAGAAAGUUGUGGCCGACUUUGUUCGCAACAAUUUGAUAUGUCGUUUUGGAGUUCCAGAGUCUAUCAUCACAAACAAUGGAAUGAAUGGAGUUGUGGAAGCUGCUAAUAAGAACAUCAAGAGGAUGAUUGACAACUACAAAUGUUGGCAUGAAAAUUUGCCUUAUGUUUUGCUAGGUUACCGCACCACAAUCCGAACCUCAACUAGAGCAAAUCCUUACCUAUUGGUAUACGGAACAGAAGCAGUGAUACCAGCUGAAGUUGAGAUACCAUCUUUAAGGUUUAUUCAGGAAGCUAAAUUGAGUGAUGCCGAGUGGGUCCGUGAUCGAUAUGAGCAAUUAGCAUUGAUUGAUGAGAAAAAAAUGAGUGUUGUUUGUCAUGGUCAGUUAUAUCAACAGAGAAUGACUCGCGCUUUCAACAAAAAAGGAAGAGUUCGAACAUUUGAAGUAGGCCAAUUGGUGUUGAAAUGCAUUUUCCCUCAUCAAGAAGAAUAUAAAUGGAAAUUUGCACCUCACUGGCAAGGACCGUAUGUUGUCCACAAG